GAAGUGAAGUGCACACAAACCGAGAAGUAAGAACGCAAAAUUCACAGUAUUGUUGGUUGUGUUUCGCGUGUGUAAUUAAAACCGAAAUGACAGUUUUAAAUAAGUUGAUUUUGGUUUUCUUAUUGACAACAUACAUUCAGUCAACAUUGUGUGAUUUAUCUUCCAAAACUUCAAAUAAACCAUCCAACGAGUCUUCUGAAGAUGACGAAUUAGUAUUUGCUCAAAUUAUUUACAGACACGGAAACCGUUCCAUUUUAUACACAUAUCCCAAUGACCCCUAUAAAAAUGAAAGUUUUUGGCCCGGUGGAUACGGAAUUAUUACAAAUGCCGGUAAGCGAAGACAAUUUGAAUUGGGGAAAUAUUUGCGCAGAAGAUACGAACGGCUCAUUGGUACUGAGUAUACACCGAAAAAUGUGUACAUUCGAAGCUCUGAUGUGGACAGAACGUUGAUCAGCGCUCUAUCGAACGCUGCCGGCAUGUUCCCACCAUCCGGCGAACAGAUAUGGAGAACUAAUUUUCUAUGGCAGCCAGUUCCUAUACAUACGAUACCCUUAAAAGAUGAUUAUUUGGUAUAUCAGGCGAUCCCAUGUCCGAAAUUUGAUGAAUUGCGCGACCAAUACAUCACAGAAUCACCCGAAGUGAAGGGACUGAUGAGAAAACACCGUUCAUUACUUGCAGAGCUAGAGAAACAUUCGGGAAUGAAAAUACGAACGAUACUAGAUGCAGCCAUCUUCAACGAUCCGUUUGAAGUCGAACUAAACAGGGAAUUGACAUUACCAGACUGGGCCAACAAAAUAUUGAAUACAUCUAAAGAGACUUUGGAAUAUUUUGCAGCGGUUUAUUUUCAAAGUGCUACUCGUACCACCGAUGCGAAGAAAGCAAUAGCCGGAUUUUUAAUACGCGAGAUUUUCGAUCGUUUCAAGAAUAAAACACUUGCACUUCUGAACCCAGAUAGUAAAAUCCACAUUUAUUCAGCCCACGACAAUACUAUCACAAAUACUUUGAACGCCCUCGACUUGUAUGACAUGCGAAUUCCACCUUUGGCCGCUAGCGUGCAUUUUGAGAUGUAUCGACGAGGAACGGAAUAUUACAUACAGAUUUUCUACAGGAAAUUUGAAUUUGAAGAUGUUGCGCCAAUAAAUAUUCCGAAUUGCGGCACAAAGUGUCCGUUAGAAGAUUUAUACAGGCUGUACGCAGACAUUUUGCCAACUGAUUCGGAGAGUUAUGAGUCAUUGUGUAACAUACCAUGAUUUUACGACGACAAUCAUAUAUAUUUACAUAUAUACAUCACCGAAAUUUAUUCACCUCGAAGUUCACAUUGUUUUUUCUACAAUAGCAAUAAAGCAAUUCAGAUUUCGAAAUGUGUGUAAAUUUAUGC